AUGGCCUCCUGGUCUUCCAUAACGCUCGCUUUGGUGCUCAUCUUCUCCAAGUCGAAAGCGCAAGGGACCGGCGUGGAGUGCGAGCGCUUGGACGCGAGCGCUCGCGCCUACGCGGUGUCGUCGUCGGGAAUGCGCUGCGUGCUGGAGAGGAACGCCGGGGGCGCCUACGCGUGCGCCAUGUCGGAGAUCGGCGCCGAGGGGUUCGUCGACUGGGUCGAGACGGAAGGGUGCAUCGCGGCGUGCGGCCUCGAUCGGAGAACCGUCGGGAUAUCGUCGGACUCGUUGCUGGACGCUAACUUCCAGCGGAAGCUGUGCUCCUCGGAGUGCUUCCGUGGCUGCCUCAACAUAGUCAACCUCUUCUUCAAUCUCGCAGCUGGUGAAGGUACACUGCAAGCACAGUAA